AUGGCUCUCGUCGGUAUCCUUCCCAUCUUCGACCCACCUCGAAACCACACCAAGCAGACGAUCGACGCCAUGGCCCUCGGCGUCGCCGUCAAAAAUGGUCACCGCGACAUUACGUCGGAGCCGGCCGGAGACUACGUUGGCAUCACCCGCACCGUCUCCUGCGGCUGCGAGACGCUCCUCUCCAACGAGGCGGGUAUCGUGAACACCGGCACGAUCCUGAUCUACAUCCCGAGCUCCGCAUACAACCGCUACGUCUCCGCGACCGACGCUCGACGAUAA